AUGCUGCGGGUGAAGAGUGAAGUUCUGAAGGUAGUCGCUGAAGCUAACACAUAUUUUAAUCAGUUACAAAUUAGUAUUGUCGUGGUGGAUGUUCUACAAACAAUGAGAAGUAAUCUUAGUCUCUACAUGUUCCAAGAAUAUCGAAAACAAAGAAUACAAUUCUUGCCUCCUCAUGACUUCGCAGUUUUAAUGGCUUUCAAAUACCCGGGUGGAUUAGCAUUCGUUGGAGGAAUGUGUUCAGACUUAUCAGUUAUGCUAUGUGGGUUCUAUCCACAUGAACCACGAGUUAUGGGAUCCAUAUUCUUUCAUGAAGUUGCUCAUCUAGUUGGUGUGCCUCAUCGGCCUUCCAAUUCGACCAUUUAUGUACCAAACUGUCGUUGUCCCGAAAAGUCAACUGAUCAGCCAAGAAAACAAUCAACAUCAUUGUUGCUCCUUGAUGAUGGUCAACAACUCUCAUCUCAUAUCAAACAAAAAUCAACCGAUUAUGAUGAUGAUGUUCCAGGCUGUCUGCGUAUUCCAGGUUUUGAUCACGAUUGUACGACCCAGCUGUUUGUUGACGUUAUAUUCAAAAAUCGCUGUUUAAGGACAUCACCCAUGCUCAACUUCAGAACUAAAACUUCCAUUUGUGGCAAUGGUAUUCGUGAAGCAAAUGAACAAUGUGAUUGUGGAUUGGAGAAGUACUGCACUGAUUGGAAUUGCAUUGCAUCUGAAUGCGUUUAUCGUGUUCAUCCAUUCUGGCUGUGGUUGUUCACUUUAUCAUUUCUGUUCUUCUCCAUUGCACUUCUGUUCUUCGUGCUCCGCUAUAGGGGAUAUCAUCUAGGAGACAUUAAGGACAAGAUGCUUGCUUGUUUCAAACAUCCAAAAGCAAAAAGCUGUGGCUUCAAGGAUUUUAAUUCCAAACAAAUCUUUUCUGGAUCAUUAGCGAACGUUCAGAAGGUUCCACCAUCACCUAUGGACGCCAAUUCUAUAAUUGUAUUGCUGGACCGUCCACCAAGAGCAGCAACACUACAUCGCCCAAGAGUUCCUCCACCACCUCCUCCACCACCAGGCUUAUCAUUGAGUGAGCCUUCAAACACAAUCUCUCCACCAAAAACAACUUUGUGUGUGGAUUCCGGCAAUGCCUAUGAGAUUCCAAGAAGUCAGCGUUCCUCAGCUUCUCCACAAGACAAUAUAUCGUGGAAAUUUGAAGACUUUGAUUCAGAUGAUGAGUAUGGAAGUGGAAUGGCAUAUUCAUCAUACAGAGCCGAAUCAGGGAUUCCAACAUGUCCUUCAUAUCCUCCAUUCUCACCCAUUAACAGAGUUACAGUUCAAUAUCAUGGCUCACGUGAUACAAUGGAAACCGAAUGUCGUUCGAGCAAUGCAUCAUCAUCAUCAGCCAUAAAUGGGACUUCUAUUUAA